AUGCUUCCUAUUACCAUGUGGACGCAAGACGGCAUCACUGUGGCCGGGGGAAAUAAAAAAGGCAAUGGAUUAAAUCAACUCUUUUACCCAUGGGGUUUAACUCUUGAUGAUGAUCAAAAUAUCUAUGUCGCUGACUGUGUGAAUGAUCGUGUUAUGGAAUGGAAGCCUGAUGAAACUAGUGGUCGACUUGCUGCUGGAGGAAAUGAUGAGGGAAGCAAGGCGAAUCAAUUGGAUGGUCCAAGAGAUGUAAUUAUUGAUAAACAAACAGAUAGUAUCAUCAUCAGCGACUCACGCAACCGUCGAAUAGUGCGAUGGCCUCGGCAAGGUGGUACAAAUGGUGAAACGAUCAUCUCGAAUAUCUACUGUUUUGGUGUAUCGAUAACUAGUGAUGGAUUUCUUUACGGUUGUAACGUUGAAAAAGAUGAAGUGAGACGAUGGCGAACAGGUGAAACCAGUGGAUCAGUGGUUGCAGGUGGUAAUGGAAAGGGUAAUCGUCUCGAUCAGCUCAAUUCUCCAACAUUUAUCUUUGUGGAUGAAGAUCACUCAGUCUACGUAUCAGACUCUAACAAUCAUCGUGUGAUGAAGUGGAUGAAAGGCGCAAAAGAAGGCAUCGUUGUUGCUGGUGACCAUGGUCCAGGGAAUGCCGUCACACAAUUGCAUAAUCCUCAGGGAGUGGCCGUCGAUCAAGCAGGCAUUCUUUAUGUGGCCGACUAUAUGAAUGAUCGGAUAAUGUACUGGCCAAAAGGAGCUUCACACGGAAGUAUUGCUAUUGGUAUAAACGGCCAAGGGAACCAAGCGAAUCAACUUAACCGACCUCGGGGAUUAUCAUUCGAUCGACUGGGCAAUCUUUACGUGGCCGAUCAUUGGAAUCAUAGAGUGCAACGAUUUUCGCUCGAUGUUCGUUCCUAA